AAAAAAAAAGAAGACUUUUAACACCACUAUUUCCUUUGUCCAAACCUCCUGUGAUUGACAGCAGUGCUCUGUUAUUCCAGGAUCUACAGCUUUCUUUUUAACAAAGGUGUUUUAGCCAGAUGUGCAUUGUUAGCAUGAAGAUGGCUACAAAGUAACUGGAUUAUUUCUUAACAUUCCUGUUACUGAAGGCUACGGUUGGAGGAGAAAUAAUGCAGUGUCAUCGUACAUCAGAUAAUAGUCUUUACCGUUGACUCCAAACACACCAUACACACACACUCCACCUCUCUCACCCUCACACUAACUGAAGAGUUUUUUCUGACUGUUUCCAGACUUCCAGACUGUUCUGGACUGGAGUCAUGGUGCUGAAGAUAUUUUACCCACAGUGCUGUAACUUGGCCAACAGCGGCCUCCUGAUCGGCAGCUGGAUCCAAGGCCACAACUCUGCUGUUGUGUUGGCAGUGGUUCACUAUCCCUUUAUCCCUGGACAGGUCAAACGGUACAUCCAGCAGAUACAGGCUCAGAGCGGGGUUAAACUGUCAGUGCUGGGUUCAUGGAGUUUACCUUCAGAAGCAGAGAAGGGUGUGGAGAACUUCCUCAGAGACCUGAGAACCAUUUUUCCUCAGGAUCGCUGGCUCCAGAUCAGCCGGAAGAUGGGACAGACAGGAUUUAACUGCAGUAUCCUGGACAGGAGUCAGCGUAAAGAAGCAGCUCAGCAAAAGGCAACAGAGGACGAAGACGACGAGGACAACGAAGACGACGAGGACGAAGAUGACGAGGACGAAGACGACGAGGACGAAGACGAGGAGGAGGAGACGGAGGAGAAGAAGGAGGAGACGGAGAAGGAGGAGACGGAGAAGGAGGAGGAGAAGAAGGAGAAGGAGGAGACGGAAAAGGAGAAGAUUCUCUUUGUCCACUAUGAUCAGAGGAACGUGAUGCUGUCACAACUUCAUCCCAUCCAGACUGAAGAACUAGAUCCUUCAGACUCUGAGCUUAGACAAGUGUUCCAGAUAGUUUCACUCAGUCAGCCCCUGUUCCUGCUGGACCGGUACGAUGACGGACCUCUGAAGUCCACUCACUGGCAGUCUGGUGGACAAGAGGCCAGCAUCAUUGUGGAGCUGCUGAAGAUGGCCUCGGUACCACUGUGUCUGACCAUCAGCUGGUUCUUUUCUGUGUGGAGUAGGAUCUGCAGCUUCUGCAGCAACAGCCGCCUGUUGCACCUGCUGCCGCUCAACUUCCUGUGCAGUAAACUGUCCACGUGUGUCCAACUGAGCUACAGAAGUGACCACUUGAGGGCGCUCAGUUCGCCCAAAACAGCAGUGGGGCACUCUGAGUUCAUGAGAAAAGCCAAUGUCCUGGUGUCCAUCCUGGUGGACAUGGCUCUGGGCUUCUUACUCAUGUAUUGGCUCUACAGUGACAAUCACAUCAGCAUGCUGGCCAACGCUCUGGUUCCUGCUGCAGAUCACGUGGCCAAAGAGCUGGAGGAGCUGCUGCAGUGGCUGAUGGGAGCUCCUGCAGGGCUGAAAAUGAACCGGGCCUUGGACGAGGUCUUGGGACGAUUCUUUCUUUACCACAUUCACCUGUGGAUCAGCUACAUCCACCUGAUGUCCCCGUUCGUGGAGACCAUCCUGUGGUACGGUGGUCUGUCGGCGGGCCUGGGCCUCAGUUUUGCUCUGGCAUUGCUCUCUGACAUGGUGGCGCUGCUCACCUUCCACAUUUACUGCUUCUACGUGUACGGAGCCAGACUCUACUGUCUGAAGAUCUACGGCCUUUCCUCUCUCUGGAGGCUCUUCAGGGGAAAGAAGUGGAAUGUCCUGAGGCAGAGAGUUGACUCCUGCUCCUAUGACCUGGACCAGCUCUUCAUAGGGACUCUGCUCUUCACCAUCCUCCUGUUCCUUUUCCCCACCACGGCUCUUUACUACCUGGUCUUCACUUUGCUACGCCUCCUGGUGGUGGUCCUGCAGGGAAUCCUCCAUCUCACCGUGGACUUGAUCAACUCCCUCCCGUUGUUCGCUGUAGCUCUGCGUCUCACUCGCUUCUACAGACUGGCAGAAGGUGUAAAGUUCAGUGUGCUGUGUGACGAGCCUGAUACACCACUUCACCUACUGAUGGAGAUCAACCCUCUGUCCUGUGCCUCAGUGAUUAAGACGUACCGCACUCCGACUUACAGUUGUUACCCAAAAGACUCCUGGACCAACUUAGUGAAGAAGCUGUUUGUAGGAGAGCUGAUUUACCCCUGGAAACACAAGACCAUCAAGACUGACUGAUUGUUCUGGGUCAGAGUGUUUGAUCCUCACGUUUAAUUCUGAGUUUGUUAUUAACAUUGUCUUUACAUUCUGUUUCAUGUUUGUCUGCGGGACUGAAAACACUGGCUCAUAUUGAACAAACUGACUGUGUGAGUGAACAGGAGUCUUUCCCUGCCUCUCUCCCCACCCCCUUAUGUGGGAGGUGAGGGUGUUAAAGCUCACAGUCAGCUUUUGACCACCUCCACCUUCGCCUUUAAUUUUCCCACCUUUAUUAUUUACCUUUUCUAAAGUAAUAGAAAAUACCUUGAAGUAUGAGAAUCCCUAACUGUGAACAUAGUGUUAACGUGUUUAACUUUAUUAUUUUAUACUGAAGAAUUAAAAAUUUAACAACUGGACAGUUGAUAUUAUAUAUUUAACAUGUUUUUAUUAUAGUUUCUAGAAACUUUAGAUGAAUUUGUGCCAUAUUAUUUCCAUAUGGUGAAAUACAAAUGUUUUUAAUGACACCAUGAACACUAUUAAUGUCAAUGUGACCAAAUGUGUUGGAAAAUGAUUAUUUUGUCUAAUCAAUGUGUGUGAAUUUAAUAAAAAGUAACUAUAAUCAUUGUUAUUGA